CUCCCCACCCCUCGUAAGAAAAUAAUGCUGGCUGGCGCCCGCACCUCCCAGUCGCUCCCAGUCUGCCGCGAGAAAAGGGCACCCGCUGCGUCUCCGCGCUGGGACCCCCGCCGAGCCGCCCGAGCCUCCACCUCGCCCGGAGAGCCGCUGGGCUCCGCUUAGGCAGCAUCUGCGAGCGCCGCGCCCGAGCACUGCCAGCUCCGGGGAGGCGCCGCCCGCAAGGACACCUCUCUGUCCCGCCUGGUCCGCAACUCCGGCCAUCGUCGAGCUCGACGCGAGCCCAGAGUCCGGACAUCUCUCUGCGCGCAGCGCAGCAGCCGGAGCAGUCCCCUGGCCCCCGCUCGGAGCCAACUCCAUCUCGGACCUGGGACUCUUGAGGCGGAUUCUCAGCUACUUCUCACCUCGGGGCUCCGCCUGUCUCUCCGCUCGCCCUCCCGCUGCCCUCCACCGCUCAGGACGGGGGUGCCAAGAUGCCCCGCUGCAGCUCAGGGCCCCGGGCCGCCCCCGACGUGUGACCCCAGCCUGGUCCCCCUGCUCGGCCGUCCGCCCUCCCCCUGGAGACCCCCGGUUCGACCCCCGGGGGAGGAGGAAGACGACGACGAGGCCGAGGGGGGGAUGUCUGGCUCCAAAAGCGUGAGCCCCCCGGGCUACGCGGCGCAGACGGCAGCGGCGCCAGCGCCCCGGGGAGGCCCGGAGCACCGUUCGGCCUGGGGAGAGGCCGAUUCCCGCGCCAAUGGCUAUCCCCACCCUCCUGGGGUCUCGGCCCGCGGCUCCACCAAGAAACCCGGGGGAGCGGUGACCCCGCAGCAACAGCAGCAGCAGCGCCUGGCCAGCCGCUGGCGCAGCGACGACGACGACGAUCCUCCGCUGAGUGGCGACGAUCCCCUGGCCGGGGGCUUCGGCUUCAGCUUCCGCUCCAAGUCCGCCUGGCAGGAGCGCGGCGGCGACGACUGUGGUCGCGGUAGCCGGCGGCAGCGGCGGGGCGCGGCUGGCGGGGGCAGCACCCGGGCGCCCCCUGCAGGCGGCGGCGGUGGUUCGGCGACAGCUGCGGCUGCGGCGGGCGGAACUCAGGUGCGCCCCCGCUCGGUAGAGCUGGGUCUCGAUGAGCGGCGGGGCAAGGGCCGUGCGGCGGACGAGUUGGAGCCCGGAGCCGUCGAGGGCGGUGAGGGUUCCGGGGAUGGUGGCAGCUCGGCAGGCUCAGCCUCGGGCCCUGGCGCAGCGCUGUCGCUGGGCGUCUGCUGCCUCGCGUUGCUGCAGAUAUUCCGCUCCAAGAAGUUCCCGUCGGACAAGCUAGAGCGGCUGUAUCAGCGCUACUUCUUCCGCCUGAACCAGAGCAGCCUCACCAUGCUCAUGGCUGUGCUGGUGCUCGUGUGCCUGGUCAUGCUGGCCUUCCACGCAGUACGGCCCCCUCUCCAGCUGCCCUACCUGGCGGUGCUGGUGGCCGCCGUGGGCGUGAUCCUCAUCAUGGCCGUGCUCUGCAACCGUGCAGCCUUCCACCAAGACCACAUGGGUCUGGCUUGCUAUGCGCUCAUCGCCGUGGUGCUGGCCGUCCAGGUGGUGGGCCUGCUGCUGCCGCAGCCGCGCAGCUCCUCCGAGGGCAUCUGGUGGACCGUGUUCUUCAUCUACACCAUCUACACACUGCUGCCUGUCCGCAUGCGGGCUGCGGUGCUCAGCGGAGUGCUGCUGUCUGCCCUCCACCUGGCCAUCGCCCUGCACACCAACUCCCAGGACCAGUUCUUGCUCAAGCAGCUUGUCUCCAAUGUCCUCAUCUUCUCCUGUACCAACAUCGUGGGCGUCUGCACCCACUAUCCAGCUGAGGUCUCCCAAAGACAGGCCUUCCAGGAGACCCGGGAAUGCAUCCAGGCACGCCUCCACUCACAGCGGGAGAACCAGCAACAGGAGCGGCUCCUGCUGUCUGUCCUUCCCCGUCAUGUUGCCAUGGAGAUGAAAGCAGACAUCAAUGCCAAGCAGGAGGAUAUGAUGUUCCACAAGAUUUACAUCCAGAAACAUGACAACGUGAGCAUCCUUUUUGCUGACAUCGAGGGCUUCACCAGCCUGGCAUCGCAAUGCACCGCCCAGGAGCUGGUCAUGACCCUCAAUGAGCUCUUUGCCCGCUUUGACAAACUGGCUGCGGAGAAUCACUGCUUACGAAUUAAGAUCCUGGGGGAUUGUUACUACUGUGUCUCAGGACUGCCUGAAGCCAGAGCCGACCACGCCCACUGCUGCGUGGAAAUGGGCAUGGACAUGAUCGAGGCCAUCUCGUUGGUCCGGGAGGUGACAGGGGUGAACGUGAACAUGCGCGUGGGGAUUCACAGCGGGAGAGUACACUGCGGUGUCCUUGGUCUGAGGAAGUGGCAGUUCGACGUCUGGUCUAACGAUGUCACUCUGGCCAACCACAUGGAGGCUGGCGGAAAGGCAGGACGCAUCCAUAUCACCAAGGCUACACUCAACUACCUGAACGGGGACUAUGAGGUGGAACCAGGCUGUGGGGGUGAGCGCAACGCCUACCUCAAGGAGCACAGUAUUGAGACCUUCCUCAUCCUGCGCUGCACCCAGAAGCGGAAAGAAGAGAAGGCUAUGAUUGCCAAGAUGAACCGCCAGAGAACGAACUCCAUUGGGCACAACCCGCCGCACUGGGGGGCUGAGCGCCCCUUCUACAACCACCUGGGUGGCAACCAAGUGUCCAAGGAGAUGAAGAGGAUGGGCUUUGAAGACCCGAAGGACAAGAAUGCCCAGGAAAGUGCAAACCCCGAAGAUGAAGUGGACGAGUUUCUGGGCCGGGCCAUUGACGCUAGGAGCAUCGACAGGCUGCGGUCUGAGCAUGUGCGCAAGUUCCUCUUGACCUUCAGGGAGCCUGACUUAGAGAAGAAGUACUCCAAACAGGUGGAUGACCGAUUUGGUGCCUACGUGGCGUGUGCCUCCCUUGUCUUCCUCUUCAUCUGCUUUGUCCAGAUCACCAUAGUACCCCACUCCCUGUUCAUGCUGAGUUUCUACCUGACCUGUUUCCUGCUGCUGACCUUGGUGGUGUUUGUGUCUGUGAUCUACUCCUGCAUAAAGCUCUUCCCUACCCCACUGCAGACUCUCUCCAGGAAGAUUGUGCGGUCCAAGAUGAACAGCACCCUGGUUGGGGUGUUCACCAUCACCCUGGUGUUCCUCUCAGCUUUUGUCAACAUGUUCAUGUGCAACUCCAAGGAUCUAGUGGGCUGCCUGGCAGAGGAGCGCAACAUCACCGAGAACCAGGUCAACGCAUGCCAUGUGGUAGAGUCGGCCUUCAACUACAGCUUGGGUGAUGAGCAGGGCUUUUGUGGCAGCCGUUGGCCCAACUGCAACUUCCCCGAGUACUUCACCUACAGUGUGCUGCUCAGCCUGCUGGCCUGCUCUGUGUUCCUGCAGAUCAGCUGCAUCGGGAAGCUGGUGCUCAUGCUGGCCAUUGAGCUCAUCUAUGUACUUGUCGUUGAGGUGCCCAGUGUCACACUCUUUGACAAUGCUGACCUGCUGGUCACCGCCAAUGCCAUAGACUUCAGCAACAACGGGACCUCCCAGUGCCCUGAGCAUGCGACUAAGGUGGCACUGAAGGUGAUGACGCCCAUCAUCAUCUCAGUCUUUGUGCUGGCCUUGUACCUGCAUGCCCAGCAGGUGGAGUCCACAGCCCGCCUCGACUUCCUCUGGAAACUGCAGGCCACAGAGGAGAAGGAGGAGAUGGAGGAGCUGCAGGCCUAUAACCGGCGGCUGCUGCACAACAUCCUGCCCAAGGACGUAGCUGCCCACUUCCUGGCCCGCGAGCGGCGCAAUGACGAGCUCUACUAUCAGUCCUGUGAGUGCGUGGCCGUCAUGUUUGCCUCCAUUGCCAACUUCUCCGAGUUCUACGUGGAGCUGGAGGCCAAUAAUGAGGGUGUCGAGUGCCUGCGGCUGCUCAACGAAAUCAUUGCCGACUUCGAUGAGAUCAUCAGUGAAGAUCGGUUCAGGCAGCUGGAAAAGAUCAAGACGAUCGGCAGCACCUACAUGGCCGCCUCUGGCCUCAACGACUCCACCUAUGACAAGGUGGGCAAGACACACAUCAAAGCUCUGGCCGACUUUGCCAUGAAGCUGAUGGACCAAAUGAAGUACAUCAAUGAGCACUCCUUCAACAACUUCCAGAUGAAGAUCGGACUCAACAUUGGCCCUGUGGUGGCCGGGGUGAUUGGGGCUCGAAAGCCUCAGUACGACAUCUGGGGCAAUACAGUGAAUGUGGCCAGCCGCAUGGAUAGCACUGGUGUGCCUGACCGCAUCCAG